AUGGGUUGGAAGAAAUGUGAACAAAAUGUGAAGAUGAUCAUUGCGCUGCUCGCAAGCUUUGCCACCUUUAAGGAACCAUUUCACCUCCUCACACUCACUCUUCUUAGCCUCCUCCUCCCCCUCUCCUUUCUUUUACUAUCAAGGCUUUCCAUUGCUCACUAUCUCCUAACCCUAAACCCUCCUCACCAAAACCCCUACUUCUCCCCUCUUCUCUCCAUCUUCCUAUACACAAACCCAACUCUUCUCCAUGCUCUUGUCUCCAUUGUCCUUGUGGCUUCUCUGGUCCACGGCUUCACCGGUCGGAGUACUACCUUUCUCAGCGAAUCCCCGAGGCCUAUUUUCCAACCCCAUUUGUACGUUGCAUGGGCUUUCCUAAGCACUCUACAAGUUUGUGUGUGUUUGGGGAUCGAGGGGAGCAUGUCCGCCGGAGUUGAGGGCUUUGGUGGCUUUGGAAACGAAAGAAGUUUGUUCAGUGGGGUGGUGUUUUUCAUAGGCUUGCACGAAGCAAUGUGUUAUUGGUCGAGAAUGGUGGUGAAGCCGGUGGUGGAUGACACGGUUUUUGGGGUUGCAAAGGAGGAAAAGUGGGCUGAGAGGGUGGCUGCAGCCUUAAGCGUCGGUGGUUUGUGGUGGUGGAGGUUGAGGGACGAGGUCGGAUUUCUGGUUAUGGUGGUUGAGAUCGAGAAGAAACUGUCAAUGGGAGCUGGGUUGAAUGAAUUUGUUGGCUGGUGGCUGUAUUACCUGACUGUGACCAUUGGAAUGGUCAGGGUUGUGAAGGGCAUCAUGUGGGUUGGAAUGAUUUUACUCUGCAGGGAAGUGGAAAGGAACAAUCAGGAGCCACGAAUGGUGGAAGACAAAGUCUAA